AUGCUAUGGCAUUGUGACUGUUUCCUACCAGAUCCAAGAAAAGGUUAUAUGCGAAUUCUGGUUGCCGAAGUUAUACGUUAUUAUUUACCUGAUUUAGUUGAAAUGCACAAUUAUACACCUGCCAACAAUAUCCAACAGAAAAAAACCAAUUGGGGUGCAUUGAAUAAACGUGUUCUGAGUCAUUUUGGUUUAGAUAUUCCUGAAACUAUUAUUCACGGUCUCUGUAAUGGAAAACCGGGGCUUGUUGAAGUUUUACUCUACAAUUUGAGGUUGAAGAUUGAUGAAGAACUAGAACUACAACAAAAAUUUCAACAUUCUCCACGUACAGGUGGUCAUUCACAGAUGUCAUUUGAGAGUGGACGGACAACAAAAGCAACAACAACGUUGAACGCAAUGACAUCACGCAGCGGUCGAUUCAACAAGAGUGACGGAAAAGGAACCGUUCCACGUAUAGAAUUUGAAGAGAUUAAACAACGAAAUUUACAACAACAAGAAGAAAUCGAAGUAUUACAUGCGAAAAUACGUCGAUUAGAACAUGUUUUACAAUUGAAAGAUAUUCGAAUUAGUGAAUUAUCAAAGACUGUUGAAGAUGUGAGACCUACAAGACCAACAGCACUGAAAAAAGUUAAAUAG